CGACCUACUGGGUAAACAACAGCGGCGGAUGCCUUGGAAGGCAGGAAUGGGAACUUCGUCGAGGGCAAACAGUUUUGUGAAAUGCAGUGGGAAAACGUUUAGGAAUUAAUGUGAGUGUGCUGGUGUUUGCUCUGUGAGGAGAGACCUGCCACCAUGAAGAGUGAGGUGCCGUCUGAGGCUACUAGCAGACGGGAGCAUCUGAAGGAGCCACUGGUGAACCCAGAGUCCAUAGAGGAAGCCAAGAACUUCCCCAGCAACAUGGAGGUUAUUGGAAAGGCUGGCAGCGAUUUUGAAACCCUGUGUGAGUCCAGGCAUCGGGCCUUGAGGGACACGGGGUCCCACAGAGACCCAGAUAGGAGCCUGCCUGGGCGCAGAAAAAGAAAAGGCCAACAGGCAGGGCCGUCGGACUGCUCUCUAAAAGAAGACCACAUCAGUGAGAAUUCACUGGCACCUCAGCGUGCCAGGAUAGACCUUUUAGAGCAUCCCAGUGAGGAUGAACAGAACAAUGAGUCCUCUUUUAGUGACUGCGCUUCCUCCCCUUCAUCAAGCCUGCGGUUUGGGGACUCGGACACUCUCAGUUCAGAUGAUGAGGGGGAAGCUGGAGCAACAGUGGAGCAGCAAAAGACUCCUGCCCUUCCUACAGGGGGAACCACUGGAGUUGGCCUGCGCCCCAAUUUGAGUCGAACUCGGGGCAGUCGUUCCCAUAAGUGGGUGCGGUCUGAGGCUGAGCCAAUGUUGCUGAAGCGGCCGUGUCUGAACAGCCGGCGGCCUCUGCAUAGGAAACGCUUUGUGAAAACCGCUCCCGGAGGAGGUCAGCUGACUCAAAAGCAGAAAGAGCGGCUUCUACUGCAGAGGAAGAAACGUCAAGUGAUUGCACAGAGGAAAUAUGCUCUGCUCCAUAACAGUAGUAGUUCCAGUGAGGAGCUAAGCAGUGACUCAUCCUCCCCUUCUUCUACCGAAGUGGAUGAUGAGCUGUAUGUAGAUGUGAGCAGCACCAGCAGCCAGCCCAACAGUGCUACUGUAGCAACAGGUGCUUUGGAUGAGGACGUGGUUGUGAUCGAGACGUCUCCGGCACCAGUACCUGUUGUUCCUGCAAGUGAGGAGAUAAAUGUCACUUCAACGGACAGUGAGGUGGAGAUUGUCACAGUCGGAGAUGGAUUCAGGUCACGCUCAGUGGGGGGUCUUGGCAGGAUUUGGGCCAGUAGUUGCUCCCAAAAUCGUCUCCAGGAGCCACGUGGACGUCACAGACUCUCCACCGUCAUCCAACCCCUGCGUCAGAAUGCUGGGGAGGUGGUGGAUCUCACUGUCGAUGAGGACGAUCUCUCUGUUGUGCCAACAACUUCUAGCAGCAUUCACUCUCAGACUGUGAGGUCGUCAUCUUCAUCGUCCUCCCAUCAUGCCUCUACCUCUGAGCUCCAUGAUGCCCCGGGCCCUUCCACUAGCUGCGCAGGUUCAAUACCUGAAAGUGUGCACGCACAGAGGCCAAGUGGUUCUGCUUGCACAACUGCAGAUGAUGACAACAGACCAGGUUUGUCAGGUACAGGAGGAGAAAACUCGGGCACAACCAUGCCCAGGCUCCCAUCCUGCUGUCAGCAGCACUCCCCCUGCGGAGGCCCCGCCCCUGCUCACCUGUCUCUGAGCCUCUCCCAUUCAAGCUGCUUGCAGGCGUCAUCCUCUCAGCGGGGCGGUGGCUCUCAGCACAGCCACAGCAACACGCACCACUUUGUCCACCAUAUCCAUCACCCUGCACCCCAGCCUCCCGGCACUCUACCCUUUCAAGAGCCCAGCUGCCCAGUGGAACGGCCCAGUGCUCUGCCUGCUCCCUGCGCUGGGGUCAGCGGCAGCAGCAAUGCAGCUCACUACCAUGACCAGCAAACGCUGCCAGUAGAUCUGAGCAACAGCAGUGUUCGAAGCAGUGGAACCAGUGGGGCUAGUUUCCAUGGCAGCACUUCAGCCUUUGACCCCUGCUGCCCAGGCUCCACCUCACGGCCUCCUGCUUAUGUUUCACAUGCCACCCCUGGGCCCAGCCAACCGGCCGUAGUGGACUCAUUUGGCUCCUCCAUGGUGGCUCAGCCACAAACGCAACCCCAGCCCUGCAGACAUUACAUGCACCCAUCCUACGGCUCUCUAACACGAUCGCUGCAUCAUCAGCCCUCCUCUGCCUGCCCUCAUUCCCAUGGGAACCCCCAACUUUCCGCUCAGCCUCCUCCACAGGGAGAAUUUCUCAUUCCCCACAACUUCCAUACGCCACUGUCAUCCCACCCGCCAGGCCACGCCGUGACCCCUGCCCCUCCCCCUCCUCUGUCUUCCCACCACCUCUCCAACUCAAGCGCCCCGCUUGCCCAGCACCUUUCUACGGACCACCAGACCCUGCCGCACCACCUGCCACCUCUGGGGCCUUCGGUGCAGCGGCUCCAUCAGCACGAGAUGCUGCAGAGGAUGGAGGUUCAGAGGCGGCGGAUGAUGCAGCACCCCACGCGAGCACAUGAGCGUCCGCCCCCACACCCUCACAGGAUGCACCCCAACUACGGCCACGGACACCACAUCCACGUGCCACAAACUAUGUCUUCCCAUCCUCGGCAGCCUGAGCAGAGAACAACAUGGGAGCUCGGCAUCGAGGCUGGUGUUCCGGUGGUGCCGUACACUUCAGGGCAUCUGCACCCCCACCUGCCCCACUAUCAUGCUCCCCCAAGACUGCACCAUUUCCCCAUCUCCAUCAUGCACACUGGCAUUUCUGAAGUGACCUACCCGCACAUUAGGUACAUCUCAUCUAGAAUGACUGGCUUUGAAAGAACCUACGAGGACCUGCUACAUUUAGAAGAAAGACUGGGGACUGUGAACAGAGGGGCCUCUCAGGGAACCAUAGAGAGGUGCACCUACCCACACAAGUACAAAAAGAAGGUGUUGGAGAGAGACAUUGACCAACAGUUAACCCCUGAAGCUUGGGCAUCUAUUGGGAAAAAUAUGCACGCAACCUCAGAAUCGAGAAAGCUGCACGGUAAGCAAGACGAAGACGAGGGAGCAGAUGAAGACACGGAAGAAAAAUGCACCAUCUGUUUGUCGAUACUGGAGGAGGGGGAGGACGUCAGGCGCCUGCCGUGCAUGCACCUCUUCCACCAGCUGUGCGUGGAUCAGUGGCUGCUCACCAACAAGAAGUGCCCCAUCUGCAGAGUGGACAUUGAGGCGCAGCUGUCUGCCGAGAGUUGAUGCCGUUUUUCAACAACUUGCGUUUGUUCAGAAUUUAUUUUACAAUCAUGUUAAUUUUCUCCUCAGUACUGCAGUCAACCAAAGAUGGCAUGAAUUACCUGCGCAGCUCUACCACAGGAAAAUAAAACAAACAAAAAAAAGAUGAAAUUUUAAAAAAGCAUUGAGCCUAGAGUGCCAGCUCUCUCAUAUUACAACAGCUAGAUUUGUCCAUUAAGGAUUUUAAGAUUUUAUUGUAUUUAUAAAGCUUUUAUGUAGCUUUUGAUUGUUUCCUGAAGUGUCAUUUCUGUUUCGUUUCCCUGCAUGUUUCCUUGCGACGCAUUUCUUUGCACAUAUAACUUGGGCUAAGAAAUGGCCCAGCAAGUUGCCGCCGGUGAGGGAGCUGCUCUAGUAAAGAUGCAUUUCUGUAAACCUAAUUAAUGCCUUGCUUUACUAGAAUACAAUGUCAACAACCUCCAGGAUUUUAUUCUUUUGGAUUAAAGAAAGAAAAAAAACUUUGCAGGAUUAAUUUUACCGAUCAUCGUAUUGAUUAGUUUUUUUUUUGUUUAGCAGAUGUGGAUUGUUAGUGAAAGAUGUUUUUAAGUAAAAAUCAAGACAUUCCUAAUUAGGGAAACAUGUUAACGGAUCAGCUGCUGUAUUUGUGCACACCCAGUAUUUCUAGAGUGGAAAAUAAACUCCAUUGUUCACCUCACUCCCAGAAUGUGCACAUGCUUUGCUACGACCACACCUCCCCCCUGCACCUUCGUUCGACUACGACACUGUUGUCACCAUCUUGUGUAAUUUAGGGAGCAAGGAAAAGAACGUCGCCCCUCCUCUACUGACUGUUCUUUCAAAAACUGAGCGGUUGUCGGGAACUGCUGUGAAUCUUUUCUCUCCGCAGAGAGACGUGCGACGCUGUGCGAGGAUCUCAGGCCUGCGUGUGUUUAAGAGAUUUCACGAGCUUGCAAACUCGUGUGCAUUUGAUACUGACGGCGGUGUCUUUUUUUUUUUUUUUUUUUUUAAUCUGUGUGCUCAGAGGGACACGCACAGUUCAAGUUGUGAUUGAUGUUUACUAUUUGUUUUCACUUAAACCAAUUUAUCCCCAGUUUUGUCUAUAAACGAGCAAACGUGUCCGUUUCGGACGCUCCGGAAAGAAAGGAAGGAAAUUAAAAAAAAACAAACACUAAUGCUGUUGAACAACUCCCUCGCAUAGACUUGCACAAGAGAGAAAGAAGUAGAAUUAUAGUACAUGAGCCGUGCGCUGAGGCCAUGUGUCCACCCGGAUUAUAAAAAAGAAUAAAUACUGAACUGAGUGUUGAAAUGCAGUACUUAAAGCAGGUAUCCAUGCAUUCAUUGACGUAAGGCACCAGGAUUAUAUUAUGUGGGAUUUAUAUUAGUUUUGAAAAUAUUAAUAAACUUGGAUAACACUUGUCGAGUCCUUUUUUUGACGUCCACUUUUGAGAACCACGUGUUUG